AUGUCUAAUGAGCAGCAUUCAUUAAAAGAGUCGUUACCAUUACCAUACAUUCUUCAUUCAUCGUGUCUUCAUAUGCAAGUUAAAGCUGCAGAUAAUUCAAUUGAACAAAUCACAUGGAAUGCAACGGGCGAUGGCAUAUCAAAAGCGAUUGCAUGUGCUGAAAUGCUCAAACGUGAAUCUAAUCUUACAUUUCAUGAAUAUGUACAAAUUGGUUAUAAGGCAAAAGAUGAAAAAAUCUCGAUAACAAAAAAGAUCAAAUUGAAUAAAGAUAUUCCGUCAAUUUGUGUUCUUCUAUCAAAAAUCAAAACCAAAAUGUCUAGUAUUGCAUUUAUUUUUAAUAUAAUUUUUUCACUGAUAAUCACAUUAAUCUUCCUUUAUCGUUGUGGUAACUAUCGUCGACAGCAUGUAGUUACAACCAUCGCUGUAUUUAUUGCUUGGUUCUUUUCUACACUGACUAUUUUCAUCCUUCCAUUGGACAUAUCGCUUGCAAUAUAUCGAGAUUGUGUCACGCACCCAGAACCAAUCACCGUCAAACCACCGACCAGCAACAACUCAUUGAUAAAUAAUUCAACAGUUAUAGUUUGUCCUCGACCAUGGUCCUAUGUUGAUCGGAAUGUCUAUGCGGUGUUAUGGCAAGUCGUGUUUUGGACAUCACAAGUGUUAACUUGGCUGAUCUUGCCAUUGAUGCAAUCAUUCCGUGAGACAGGAGAAUUUUCCAUUAAAGGAAAAAUUCGAUAUGCAAUCAAAGCAAAUUUAAUUUUCUAUGGAACGCUACUAUUGAUUUUCAUUGUUCUCGUAAUUUAUGUAGCAACAAAAGUUACAAUGGAUUCGUCAAGUUUUACGGCAACAUUGGUUGCGGCUAGUACAACUUGGGGUUUAUUUCUUCUUGUUUUGAUGCUUGGCUAUGGUCUUGUUCAAGUUCCGAAGAAUAUUUACAAUCAUUCUCGAACAAGUUAUAUGCUUGCACACACACAAUUUAAGUUAUCCCGACUUUACAAUGAAAAAGUGGAUGUUGAAGAGCGUUUAGAUUCGUUGAUCGAUGAUGUCAUCAAAUUUUGUAUGCAAAUCAAAACUACUGAUCCAUUACGUCCAUGUCUCGAACAGAUAAUCCAAAUCGUACCUGAACAAUAUUCCAAUCGAAUUCAAUUGACACUGAAUGAUUACGCAAAUAAUCUAUCAUGGACUCGACAAAUCAAUGAGGCCUUCUAUUUUGAGGAUAUUGUCAAAAACGCUGAAAAUACGAAUCAUGAAUUCGUUCGAACCAAUCCAUCAUCAGCCACAUGGUUAAGACGAAAAUUAUUCGAUAAACAUCCUAAACUAGAAUGGUACACUCAUUGUUUUCUCCGUCCGUGGGGACUUCGCCUUCUUGGUAUUGGACUCGGCAUAAUAUCAUUGUUGGUGAUCUGGUCGGAAAUGACCUUUUUCAGUACUUCACCUGUUCUGUCUAUCUUCGCACAAUGUGUUACAGCUGCAAGUCGACAUUAUUCAUAUUUGACGAUCGAAAUAUUCUGUUGUUUAAGUAUUGCAUAUUUAUGUUUAUGUGCAUAUUAUACAAUCUUUCGUAUUCGUAUAUUAAAUUAUUUCUAUCUGUCAUUGUACCAUUUAACGGAUGAAAACAGUUUGAUAUUUGCAGCAACAUUUCUUUGCCGUUUAACUGCACCAUUGUGCUAUAAUUUUCUUGGUAUGAUUCAUUUGGACCAAGCUAUCACACAUAAAAUUGACCACGAAGAAACAGCAUUCACAUCGAUUAUGGGCCAUUUGACAGCAAUCAAAAUUGUGUCGGUCGGAUUCAACUUUUACUUUCCAAUGUUAAUAUGUCUAUUAAGUUUUGGAACGUUUUUUCGACUGGGUUCAAGAUGUUUACAUGCUUGUGGUUUUCGACAAUUUUUCGAUGAUGACGAUGUUUCAACUGAAUAUGUUGAAGAUGGAAAGAGCUUAAUGGCAAGAGAGCGUCGAAAUUAUGGUGGAGUUGAUACGUUGGCGAAUACAACCACGGCAACGCAACGUCGAGAUCGAAGAAGAGAACUGGAAGAGAAAUAUGGUUUAAGAUCAGCAAGAGCAAUGGCAGCAAAUAAUCUCUAUAGUGAUGAUCCAAUGAUUUCAGAAACUCGUCCACUGAUUUCCAAUACUGACGAUCCUCUGAUAGAUACUCAGCCUGAACCGUCUGUUCGUCCAGCGAGACGAUUUUUUCAAAGUGCAGCGGAUAACCUAAUUGCCUUACGUACUGAUGUAACAAAAACUACCAAUGUGUUAAAAGUCACUAUUGAGAAACUAGUCGAUCGCGAUGAUCGGUUAGAUGUGUUAACUGAACGUGCUCAUGAUUUGAGUGCAUCAUCGCACCAUUUUCACGAUUCAGGCAGACAUGUACAACAACGAAUGAAAUGGAAAAAUCGCAAACUAACAAUUUUCAUAAUUCUAAUUGUUUUGGUUGUUAUUGUUUUCAUUGUUUUACUGGCAGUACGCCCAUGGAAAAAAUAA